AUGACGCGACGCGGCGCGGUGACGGCGGCGACGACGGAGGAGGCGGAUCGCGCGGACGACGCGGCGCGCGGCGAGGGUGACGGCGGUCACGUCGGCGGUCACGCUGUCGGCGGUCAGGGCGGCGGUCACGGCGGUCACGGCGGCGGUCAGGGCGGCGGUCACGGCGGUCACGGCGGCGGUCACGGCGGCGGUCACGGCGGUCACGGCGGCGGUCAGGGCGGCGGUCACGGCGGUCACGGCGGCGGUCACGGCGGCGACGGCGGCACCGGCGGCGGUCACGGCGGCGACGGCGGCACCGGCGGCGGCACCGGCGGCAAUGGCGGCGGCGGCGGCGGCGGCGGCGGCGGCGGCGGCGGCGGCGGCGGCGGCGGCGGCGGCACCGGCGGCGGCGGCACCGGCGGCAAUGGCGGCGGCGGCGGCGGCACCGGCGGCGGCACCGGCGGCAAUGGCGGCGGCGGCAAUGGCGGCGGCGGCGGCGGCACCGGCGGCGGCACCGGCGGCAAUGGCGGCGGCGGCGGCGGCGGCGGCGGCGGCGGCGGCGGCGGCACCGGCGGCAAUGGCGGCGACGGCGGCUACCCCGCUGGCGGCGACGCCAACAACCCUUGCGAGGGCUUCUGUCAAGCGAAAACCGACGCGGACUCGUGCGACGCCAUGCUCGCCUGCGAAUGGGGCGACGCGGACUCGACGUGCGUCCCGCACCCUGAGUCGUACGCCAUGGGCUUCGACGCGUGCCCGAAAACAUUUGGCGAGUUACAGACGUUCGUCAAGACUACCAACAACAUUCAGCAGAUCAACCUGUGCGAAGUCGAGUGUUCGAUCAUCGACGACCAAAGUACGUGCGAGGCAAACGCUGGUUGUGAGUUCGACAAAGGUCCUGAAGGCGGCGAUGAAGGCGGCGAUGAAGAAGGCCUAAACCCUGAAGGCGGCGAUGAAGAAGGCCCGCACUGUCGUCCGAAGUUCAACCUACCGGAAGUCAACACUGGCUGCGAAGACGCCUUGGCUCGCGUGGACGGCGGCGACGGCGGCGACGGCGGCGGUGGCGGCAACGGCGGCGAAGGCGGCGAAGGCGGCGAAGGCGGCGAAGGCGGCGAAGGCGGCGAAGGCGGCGAAGGCGGCGACGGUGACGGCACCACCGGCCACGACGGCGGCGAUGGCGGCGACGGCGGCGACGGCGGCGGUGACGCCACCAACCCUUGCGUGGAGGUUUGUCGAGAGGGCACCGAUGCGGACUCGUGCACUAGCAUGAUUGCCUGCGAAUGGAACGAAGAGCUCCCGAACGGAGCACUUUGCGUCCCGCACCCUGAGUCGGACGCCAUGGGCUUCGACGUGUGCCCGAGAACAUUUGGCGACUUGCAGACGUUCGUCAAGGAAACCAACAAGCAGAUCGACCUGUGCGACAUUGAGUGUUCGAUGAGCGACGAAGACCAAAGUGCAUGCGAGGCAAACGCUGGUUGUGAGUUUGACGAAGGUAACCCUGAUGACGACGAUGAAGAAGGCCCGCACUGUCAUCCGAAGCCCAACCUACCGGAAGUCAACACCGGCUGCGAAGACGCCCUGGCUCACGUGGACGGCGGCGACGGCGGCGACGGCGGCGACGGCGGCGACGGCGGCGAAGGCGGCGAAGGCGGCGACGGCAGCAUCGGCGGCGGUGGCGGCGAUGGCGGCGACGGCGGCGACGGCGGCGACGGCACCACCGGCGGCGAUCACCCCAUCGGCGGCGAUGGCACCACCGGCGGCGGUUACCCCGUCGGCGGCGAUGGCACCACCGGCGGCGGUUACCCCGUCGGCGGCGACGGCACCACCGGCGGCGGUUACCCCGUCGGCGGCGACGGCACCACCGGCGGCGAUCACCCCGUCGGCGGCGACGGCACCACCGGCGGCGGUUACCCCGUCGGCGGCGACGGCGCCACCGGCGGCGGUUACCCCGUCGGCGGCGACGGCACCACCGGCGGCGGUUACCCCGUCGGCGGCGACGGCCCCGUCGGCGUUCCAACCUUGGGCCGAGCCCUCUACGCCGCCUCGAACUCCCACGCGUCGCUCAUCGGCCCAUCCGUCGCUCUCACCGGUUUCCUCGCCUUGGCGUUCGUCGCUUACAGGCGACACCGUCACGCGUCGCCCGAGGCCGCGCGUCUCCGACGCGGCGCGCGCGGCGCCUACGGCGCCGUCUGAGCGAAAAUUUUGUCAACCCCGACCGUCGCGCUCGAUCCUCGAUCGCGCGAUGAUCACCGAUAAUCACCAAUAAUCAAUCACCGCCGCGCGUCCUCGGUGCUCCGCGCGUGUGUUUUAAUUUUAAUC